CUCCAAUUGCCCGUCAACGUCGACCUUCCAAUUGACUUUGAGCACAUCAAUUGGAUAUUCCUCAAUCCUUCUCAAGCUAUCAAUAAACCCCGUCGAUACUGCGCGGAAAGACAUUGCCAUUACAUGGUCGUGCUUCAAGAGUGUCCAGAUUUGGCUGAAUAAUUCACACGGGGGGGAUAGACCAUCGGAUCAGCCAGUCCUGUUUGGAUGGGGCGGAGAAAAUCUUUGUCGGUUGGAUAGAAGAAAGAGGAAGAGUCACAAGAUGGCAGGCACUACAUCUCCUGGUGCGGUAGAAACAAGUAAUGCCUAUCUAUCGUCGCCCGAUACUCCUUCAACCGUUUUCCCCGAGCGAUUGAUUCGACCUCUUCCCAAGAGAUCCCUCAAGUCUCGCUUGUCCCAAGAAGCCGCCGACGCCAUCACAUAUCCUCCCACCCUACCCUCGACGAGUCUACCCACAUACUCUCAUUAUGGUGAGAACGGAGAAUAUCCAAACGACAGCAAGGUCCUAGUCCACCAUCAUAGUGACGGGUAUGAUCACGACCACGACCACGACCACGACCAUGACCAUGACCAUGACCAUGAUUCGGACAGUCAUGACCAUGACUGUCCACAUCACCACCAUCAUUGUCACCAUGACGAUUAUGAUGAUGAUCUGGACGACCUUGAUAGCAUGGUACCCGUGUCUCAUUACAUAUCUUCGUCUCCGACAAGUGGCCGUCAUCCUAGAUAUACCAAGGGCGGUCUUUCUGGACCCGAUGGAUAUGAAGCAUUUGAAAACACAAACAAUAAAAAGAAACGAAAAAUACCUACAUCAGGCAAUUUGAAUCUACAUCACUCAACCCUGACGAGAGAAUUUGCGCAUAUGGGUAUCAACAAUGACGGUUCUGCUGAGGAUGCUCAUUACCUUGCGAAAGGUGCAGGCGUCAAUCCAGGCCUCGGUGUACAAGGUGCUGGUAGGGGGCGUAAUGGAAGGAAACUACCAGGCCGGAAUCCUCUUGGUGUUUCGGUGAACGGCUCAAAUGUUCGCACUGCACCUUCGAAGUAUGACCAGAAUAUGAGCACCAAUGCUAAAGCCGAAGAUUCAAAGGAUCAAGGAAUUAUUUCUGCAGCAAUAGCAAAUGCCACGGCGUUGUUGAGAAAGCCACUCAGUAAAGGUCAGGAGAAUGUGGGUGUUCUCGAUCAGGAGGCCAAGCAAGCACAUUCGAACUCUCAGUUCACGUUUACCUGCGAGACUGAAGCCAAAGGGGUGACCUUUCCAGAACAGAGCCUGUAUUCUCCGGGAUAUCAUCAGCGCAGUGUAGCGCCGCCGCCUCAGUCGACCACCAACCCGAAAGCCCCACAGAGGACACAUACCAGUGCGGCCACUCCUAACGCUCAUCAAGCACAGGCCGCGGCCCCAAAUGCUACAAAUGCCAAUGCUCAAGGGCAGAAACAUCGAAGAAGGAGAGGGGACGUGUAUGUGCUGGCUGCCCGGCAGAGGAGACUUCAACAAGAGUACAAUAAUCUCCAGCAUCCUCCAGCGCCCGAGGAUAUCUGGAUAUGCGAGUUUUGUGAAUAUGAGAGCAUAUUCGGAGAGCCACCGCACGCUCUUAUUCGCCAGUACGAGAUCAAGGAUCGAAAGGAACGACGCCGACUGGCCGAAAAGAGACGUUUGUUGGAAAAGGCCAAACUCAAGGGCAGGAAGGGACACAGGAAACUGAAGAAAACCUCAGCACCUCAACAAGCAACGCCGCCGGAAGAACCUCUUCCAGAGUUUGGAGACAACCAUCUGGACAGACUUGUGGAUGAUGGCUUAGAAGAUGCCUACGAUGACCCAGUGCCAGCGGCAGCGCCACCUCCAACAGCGUCCAACAACCAAGUACGAGCAGGAGACACGAAUGUAAAUACCGAUAAGGCUGGUGGAACAGGAGACGGUGGGGGAAUACGAUGACGAUGGGCCGGUUUGAGGCUUUGUCCGUUUCCUCACGUUUCUGGAUCGUUUCUCUCAUCGGCAUUGGUUGCAUUGGACAUCCGUUUGGUUUUUCUUUUGUGUUGUUGGAUUAGUUUCUUUUCUUUCAUAGCCCACCUUACCAGCCCCGAUUAGCAUAGCCUGCACAUACUCCCCUCUCUCCCAAACAAUACCGCUGUCAAGAUAAAACCAGGUCAAGCUCCACUACGUAUGCACAGUGAUGG